AUUAUCUGCCACUUAAUUAGGAGGCCUGCAAAUCUUUGUUUUAUUAAGGGCAUAUUUAAUGUUUGUUCUUCAUAUAAAAAUACCAGAUUACCUAUAUUAUUGAAUCCCUUCAUUCUCUAUCUUUUAACAGUCAAAAUAUACUUCUCCCACAAUGAGACACCACAAUAGGACAGAAGCUUGAUUUAUUAAAUCUGGGAAAGUUUAGUUAGUUGUGAUUACAGCUGGCAAAGCCAUAGCAGACACAUGUAAAAUUAAAGAGGUAACUAUACAGCCUGCUUCUUAUAUCUGUUAGAAUAAACUAUAAGAUAUCAUAUAAUUGAAAUCCUUGACACGAGAAGAAGAUCAGAGAAAAAGUAUGACAGUGGAUAAUGAGUGCCAUGACAAACCAAUGACAGUGGAAAAUGGAUGCCAUGAUAAACAUGGCAAGUUCCACUUUGUACUGAUACAUGGUGCAGGCCAUGGAGCUUGGUGUUGGUACAAAAUUGUUCAUCUUCUUCAAAACGCAGGGCAUAAGGUGACUGUCUUGGAUCUUACAGGGGCAGGCAUCAGCCCUGUCAAUCCCGAUUCUAUCAUUUCUUUUGAAGAUUAUGAUGCACCUCUUAUGAACUUUUUAGCUCAGAUAUCCAACUCUGAAAAGGUUGUGCUAGUUGGUCACAGUGCAGGAGGGCUAAGCUUGAGCCAUGCAAUCCAUGUGUUUGGUUAUAAGAUUGCAGUUGCAGUUUUUAUUGCUGCAACAAUGCUGCCAAGUGGGUUUUUCUCAGAGCAAGAUGUUCAGCUGGGAGUUCCAGACUUGUUGAAAGUGAGUGAAUUCCACCAUGGUCUUGGUCCAGAGCAUCCCCCAACAACUUCUAAAAUCAUCCCAGAAUUCCAAAGAGAAACCCUCUAUCAACUCAGCCCUCCCGAGGAUGCAGCUCUGGCUUCACUCCUCAUAAGACCAGCACCACUAUUGGCAUUCCAGACAGCCAAAUUUCAUGAAGAGUCAGACGAAUUCCUGAAGGUUCCAAGAGUUUACAUGAAAACAUUGCAGGACAGAGUAAUUUUAUUAGAAAAACAGGAGGCCAUGAUCAAACUAUGGCCUCCUGACAAUGUCCUAAGCAUGGAUACUGAUCACAGUCCUUUCUUCUCUUCACCUCUGGAACUCCAUACACACCUGCUUCAAAUUGCCCAGCUUUUCCCAUGAUUGAUUGCUGUAGUUCUAUUCAAGCGAGAAUUCUAAUAUAUGUGUGUACUGCAUUCACAUAAUGUAUGCAGCAUAUACCACCCUAUUGAUGGUAUGUACCUUCGUUGGGUGUGUGUUUUAAUGAUAUCAGAUUUGUAGGUGUUAUCAGACUUUAACAAACAUUUUUUUUGGAUUA